AUCCAUUUUGCCUCUCUUUUUUCCCUCCCACCCGUCAAUGCACAUGCGCAUGAUCGUUGUUUACCCCCUCUCCUUUUUAGUUAAACGUGCAAAGUCCCGUCCCAUCCCUGAGAACACGGUCAACACUCAUAAGAAAUACAUUUGAGCAGGGUGUUGAAGAUAAUAAAAAAUAAAAAAAAGAGGCAGACCGGGGGUGGUACAGAACCUUCUAUUCCGGGCCACAUUCGUUUAGGAGUGCUACGUAAAGUGGUAGUCAUUCCCUCCAGCGCGCCAACCACGACCCGCUCCCUUUCUUCUAUUGAAAGGAGGGAAAUAUUGGGGAGCUGUAUGUUUUGGAUUUCCUGAGGUCUAGCUAACACCAAUUUGCAGGUGCGGGACGGAACAUCCGUACCUUGCCGACUUUCAUACCUCACCUGCCCAGCUCACCUCACUUACCUUGGUUGCUUGUUUGGCUGGGCUUCCGCAGAUGGCAGAUGGUGACGAACCAUUUGCAAGAUCGGCUCACAUAACAAACAACCCGACCAAGGGAAGAAGCAUUCCCUACUCGAAUCUCCUCCCGUGCCACAUACCAGAAAAAAAACAUCAAGUGAUAAGCCCACCAAGCGACCGCUCCUGCAUCCUGGAGGGGGAAAGGGAAGGGGUGUUGUGUCACACUGCACCGGUACUGCCACCAAUCCUGUUCGUUCACGGCCCAUAAGCUCUUCUACGGUCUGCAACCCAGCACAACAGCACGAUUGGUUCCUUUUGCGCAAGCCACCAUUCUCACCUCCUUCAAAUCAAAUUACACAGAGGAGGGGGAACAGAAAAAAAAAUUCUCAAAGAAUUCUGGGAGGCGGGAGUUGACAGAAUCGCAUAGCAGAGUAGCAAACCUCACGCCUUACGUGACACUCACGCAUACAGCUCGACGCACCCGAUUUCGUCUACGGUCGCAAGACCGCUCGUUGUUUUACCGUUUCCUUUUUGUACACGAUACCCACGCGACCGAUUCUACGAACAUAGGGGCUCCCUGCGACGCCAUCUCGCAGCGCAUGCGAGCUGCCCGUCUUUUUUUAAAUCACAGCCUUCUUUCACCACGAACUCCACAGACUCUUCUCGGUCUUUAAGAGUUGCGAAACCCCGCAGAACGCUAGCGUCCAUGUGUUUUACGCCCGCACAACCGCAAACCACCACCACCGUGAAAGCCUUGAACUUCCAGGAUGGCCACGGCAGAGGUUCUGUUCUCUACGUCCGCCGGCUGGACAGGAGACGCCGCAGAUGGCUGGCCGUCGAUAUGGCAUGGGACGAGGACGAUUGGAUCGGUUGAGCGCCAUGCGCAGCAGACUCGGGAUGACCUGCGCCGGAGACUAAGAUGGAUUGCUCAGACGUGGGCUAGUGAAAGGGAACAAAGGCGACAUGUCACGACACAGAAAAGGUCUUCAUUUGUACCCCUGAUAACACCAGACAUCAGCCCAAGAUGGUCACACAGAUUGGCACAGGCUGGUGUCAUAUCCCGUGACCCCAACUCGGAUGACGACAUUCUUCCCAGUACCCCGACGGAUCUUACAGAAACCUAUCAGUCUGUGACUAGGCGCCUGUCAGACUCGGCACACCUUGAUUCAGUACCUACAGCAAAUGGUCAACCUGCGUCUCGGAGGAGUCGGGAUAGAGACAUGUUUGCCGAUCCGAGCUCAACUGUUGAUGUCGACUUCUCGUCUGGACAAGGGUUCAGGGAAUUUGCCAAGAAAAAGAAAAAGGCACCCGCGGCACCCGCACCGACCAACAAUAACAACGAUGAGAAGAAGGAUGAACCAGCCGAUAACGGCGGCGGCGACGACAAGAACAACGGAAAUGCAGACUCCGGCGCUGGCGGCGGUGACGCAGGCAACGGUGGAGACGAGAAAAAGGAUGACAAGAAAGACGACAACGCCGGCGGUGCUGAUGACCCUUGGGGAGACUUGGCAGCCGUGGGUGGCAAGAAGAAGAAGGGUAAGAAGGGCGCGGCCACCGAGGACAAGGAGGAACCCCCGGCCUCCUCAACAUUUGACGCCUUCCAAGAAAUCAAACUGGACGAGGGACCCAAUCUAGACCUUAGCUUUGAUUCAAAAUCGAAUGAGAAAGCACCCUCAACCUUUGGGGCGUGGGGAUCUAGUUGGAGUACAGGGGGAUUGGGCGCAUCUUGGGGCUUUGGAGCAACCAAAACUAACACUCCUGCAGAAGAAGAGAAAAAGGAAGAGGAUAAUCCUUGGAGCCUUAAUCGCCCAAAACCUAAGAAAAAGGGCGCGACUGGAUUCUCCUUUGGCGACAUCGGUGAAGUGGAGGAAGUCAUUGAGCCUAAGAAGGAGGAGCCCGUGGCGAGCGAUGACUGGGGUGGGUGGGGCACUGCAGGCAAGAAGAAAGGUAAAAAGGCUGAACCUGAGACCGAGCCCGAGCCGGAACCACCAAAACCUGUCGAUCCUCCACCAGAGGACAUAUGGGGAGCGGUGAGUUCGAAGAAGGACAAGAAGAAGAAGAAGGGCGCGGCAGAGGAGGUUAAGGAAGAGCCCCCUAAAGAACCAGACCCUCCGCCACCACCAGCAGAGGACAUUUGGGGUGCUGCGGCAUCCAAGAAGGACACCAAGAAGAAAAAGGGCAAGGCUUCUAUUUGGGGCGAGCCAGCAAAGGAACCGGAGCCAGAGCCAGAGCCUGUCAAAGAGCCGGAGCCGGAGCCGGAGCCGGAGCCAGAGCCGGAACCAGAACCGGAAAAGAAGGAGGAGGAGAGCAGCGGCUGGGGUAUUUGGGGAGCAGCAACCACCAAGAAGGACAAGAAGAAAAAGAAGGUAGUUGAGGAGCCAAAGGUUGAAGAACCGCCACCGCCGCCGCCAGCACCAGAGCCCGAACCCGCUCCUGUAGAGAGUGCUUGGGGAUGGGGUACCACGACAACAACAACCAAGAAGAAGAAGGGCAAAAACGCUGUUGAAGAAGCACCUCCUCCAGAACCAGAGCCUGUCAAGGAACCCGACCCCGAGCCAGAACCAGAGAAGAAGGUCGAGGAAGAUAUAUGGGGCUUGUCCACCUCUAAAAAGGACAAGAAAAAGAAGAAGGGUGCCGUCGAAGAGGUUCCCGAGCCGCCCCCAGAGGAGAAACCGGCCGAAGAUGAGAAGAAGGACGAUUUCGAUUUUGGGUUUACGGCAACGAGCUCCAAAAAGGACAAGGACAAAGACAAGGAAAAGGACAAGAAGAAGAAGACCAAGUCCUCCUCCAUCUGGGGCGAGCCGGUCAAGGAUCCAGAGCCCGAACCUGAGCCCGAAAAGCCCGCCGAGCCCGAGAAGAAGGAAGAAGACGACUUUUGGGCCUCGAUCGGAGGUACUAGCAAAAAAGACAAGAAAAAGAAGGGCAAAACGGCCGAGGAGCCACCGCCACCGCCACCUGCAGAGCCAGAACCCGAACCCGAGCCCGAAAAAACCGAAGAUUUCGACUUCGGUUGGGGUGCGGCGGCAACCAAGAAGGACAAGAAGAAGAAAGGCAAGACCGCCGAGCCUGAUCCCGAGCCGGAGCCUGAACCAGAGAAAAAGGUGGAAGAGGACGACUUCUGGGCAUCCAUUGGUACCGGCAAGAAGGAUAAGGACAAGAAGAAAAAGAAGGGAGACGAUGCCUUGAUCGACUUGGAGACGCCCAAAGAGGAGAAGAAGGAAGAAAAAGACGACUUCUGGAGUUCGUUUGGCACGAGCAGCAAAAAGGACAAGGAUAAAGACAAGAAGAAGAAGGACAAGGAAGAGUCUUCUGUCAAGCCAGACGCCAUCGAGGAGCCUUCCGAAGAUAUUUGGGGCGUUUCAUCAUCCAAGAAGAAAAAGGACAAGUCGAGCAGCAAAAACGUCCCCGUCGAGGUCGUGGGUGACACGGACAUUGCCUCUGUACAACCUGAUUCCAUCGAAGAGGCAAAGGAUGAUGGUGGCUGGUUCGGCACCUCGUCCAAAUCCAAGGACAAAGACAAGGAGAAGAAGAAGGAAAAGGAGAAGGAAAAGGAGCCCAAACUGAGCAAGAAAGAGCAGGAGAAAUUGGACAAGGAGAAGGAAAAGGAGCGCAAAAAGGCCGAGAAGGCCGAGAAGGAAAGGGCCAAACAGGAAGCUGAAGAAGCUGCACGUGCUGAGGAGGAGGCUGCGCGUGCUGCCGAAGAGGCCGCAGCUCGUGAAGCGGAGGAGGCGGCACAGGCUGCCAAGGAGGCCGAAGAGGCGGCUGCACGGGAGGCUGAAGAAGCGGCUCAAGCAGCUAAGGAGGCCGAAGAGGCCGAGAUUCUCAAGGAGGAGGCCGAACUCAAAGCUCUGCAAGCUAAAAAGGACAAAGGCAGGCCCAAGAUGACCAAGAAGGACACAGAUCGAUACAAUCUCCUCAAAUCCAAGGCAGAUAUACGCAGCGAAGCAGCCGCAAACAAAGAGGCCGAGGAGGCUGCCGCCCGCGAGGCUGAAGAGGCCGCUGCACGUGAGGCUGAGGAAGCGGCGCAGGCUGCUAAGGAGGCCGAAGAAGCUGCCGCACGCGAGGCUGAGGAACAAGCGCAGCGCGAACGCGAAGAGGCGGAGGCCAAAAAGAAGUCUAAGUCAUCGUCCAAAGACAAGGAAAAGAGCUCAUCCAAAUCCAAAUCCAAAGACAAAGAUGCCAAGAGUAGCAGCAAGGAUAAGGAUAAGGAUAAGGACAAAAAGAGUAAGGACAAGGAUAAAGACAAGGAAAAGGAUAAGGAGGCCGACAAGGAAGCCGACAAGGACCAGGAUGAUUUUGACAAGGAGCUUGAAAAGGAUCUGCUUAAUCUUACCCCGGAAAAUGUGGAGGAACUCUUAAAUGAGGAGCCCCCCGCGGAGGUGGAAAAGCCCAAGGAGGCGCCAGCGUCGGACGCGUUCAGCUUUUGGGGUGCAUCCAAAAAAGGCGCCAAAUCAGCCACUUCCGAAAUUAAAAAGGCUGAGUCAUCAACGAUUCCAGAAGAUGCCACGGACGGCCUGGGCGACAACAGCGCAGAUGUGUCCUCGGGCAAGGCUACAAAGAGUAGCAAGAAGGUUGGGUCCAAGGUGGCGGACCGCCUGAAGGCUUUUCAAGCGUCAACAACACCACCACCUGAGGAGGAAGAAGAGGUUAUUCCAGACCCAGUGCCGCCGCCCCCACCACCACCACCACCAGCCGAACCGCCCGCUGAAGAAAGCGGCAAAAAGAAGAAAAAGUCUAAAAAGGCAGCUGCGGUUGCACCCGAAGUUGUUGAAGUUGUCCCUGAAGUUGUCCCUGAAGUCGAAGCGGAAGCUCCACCUGAAGUUGAAAUUGUCGAGGAGCCUACUCCCCCGCGCAGAAAAGUCAGGUCGCAUCUGCCCGGUAGUUUCCCAAUGGACGACGAAGACGAAAUAGUUGACAUUGUCGAUAUGUCUCCCGAAAAGAAGUCGUCCAAGAAAUCCAAAUCACGAUCCAAGUCAGGAUCCGUCUCGGUGCCCCCUGCAGCUCCUCCCCCUCCCCCGCCGCCGCCUGCUGUUCCCGAUGCGCCACCCGCUGUUCCCGACGCGCCGCCCUCUACCGAGGAGGAAAAGCCGUCGAAGAAAGAGCGCGCCAAGAUCAGCCGCGAGGGGUCAGCAUCCUGGGGAAUGUGGAACGCCGCUCCGCGCAAAGAGGAAAAACGUCCUUCGCGGUCGGAGCGUAAGGAGUCUGGCUCAUCGUCCAAGACUCGGGAGGAAAGACCAGAGCGCAUCAAGGAGGCGCCGGCCAAGGCACGGGUAGCUAGUGUACUAGCGAGCACGCCACCUUUGUCGCGAUCGGCGUCAACCCGCGAGAAGAAGAGCUCUAGCCGCUCACGCCGCAGUGCCGAAGUGAACCAUGGGCUCGCAUCGCCGCCUCCGGAGGAAGCGCCAGAAAUGACCGACAAGGCCGCUAGGAUUUUCGGUCUCAAGUCGUCGGGCAGUCGGCGCAGCAAGACGCGAUCCGCGCCUCCAGAGGACGAGGACAUUGUCAUGGUUGGGGCCUUGGAUGCCAGCCCAGAAAAGCCAUCGCGUCGCAGAUCUAAGCGUGAGCGUGAACAGGUCCCCAGGGAUGAAGACAUCGUCAUGGUCGAUAAUCCUGACCCCACGACGCCACUCAAGCGAUCAAACUCGAGCGCCAAGAAAGGUCUGGCAGGUCUGUUUGGAGGCAUCCUCUCGACACCGCGAUCCGAAGCUCGUCCUGACGGUCGACCGGAGCUCCGUCGCCGGGGGACGUACAUGACAACCGAUGAUGAGGGCAUGCAUGGUGGGCCUUCUGGAGCUGCCACGGAGACGGAAGAGGCAAGACGGGCUGCCCGCCGUGCUCGCCGCGCAGAGCGGGGUGGGGUUGACCCACGCCAUGCCGACGAAGCGAGGGUAGAGAAAGAUGAAGCCCGUCGGGAGCGUAGACGGAAGCAUGAGGACGAAAACGCGGAAGCGAGGCGGCAAGAGGAGAGGGAGGCAAGGCGCGCGGAGCGUAGGGCGCAGCGAGCAAGGGACGAGGCGGAUCGAGCGGCUGCCGAGGAGCAGCAGCAGAAAGACGCCGAAAGGGCCGAGAGGCGUCGCAUGCGGAGAGAGCGCGAACGCCAAGCGGCUGCCGCAUCCGCACCGGAGGACGGGCAUCCCGAAGCUCGACCUGAGCGACAUCGUCGUGGGCAUGAGAGUGAACGGGAAGACGACGAGGAGAGGCGGCGUCGCAGGGAAGCGCGUCGGGCGGCUAGGGAGGCCGAGGCUGGUGGGGGCGGCAAGUCAAGCAGUCGACGGCACCGUGGCGAGAAUCCGUACCCACGCGAAGCAGACCGUCGCAAGGACGGGUGGCCGCACUCUGGAACGUCAUCAUGGGUUAAGGACCACUCUGACGCGCCGCCGCCGCCCGAGGGCGAGGAUGAAGACGCAAGGCGGGAAGCGCGGCGGGCAGCCCGUCGGCGAAGCAAGUAUGGUGGAAGUGGGGGUGGGGACGAUAUUGACGCCGCGGCGGCCGAGGACGAACAUCACAGGCGGAGACGGCACCGGGAUGAGGCGCGGCGGGCGCCGACGGCCGGUGGAUCAGACGGGAGCGACGAGCGCAGGCAGAGCCGACGGAACUCGGUGUUUGGAGACACUGCCCCGGCGGCAAGGAGCAGCUGGUGGAAGAAGCUAACUGGAUCUUAGGCGUGCUUUUGAGCGAGCGUAUUUUCACUGUUUUGUUUGAAUUUUUGUUGUUGCAAGUUUGUCACCAGUAGAUAGAGGAGGUGUAAGCUUUUUGGAUACUCCCUUGGGCGAACAAUCAAUACCCAUUAUGUAGCUUCAUAUUAUACAUGCUUCAACAUUUUUUUACAUUUAACUGAGG